UUGAAAACUAACCUGCUAGGGAUAUCAUACUGGGCCUCUGGGUGCCGCUGUCCGCCAAUCCGUGGCUGGAGGGAAACAAAGCAAUCCACUGACGCAGCAGUCCCUGCAGGCUUUUUAGAAACACUAUAGGAGAGGACUCUGCCUGCUGUCUCUCUUGCAAUCUGCUCCAAAUAUCUUGGUCAGGAAUCUCACGAUGUCUAGUGACCCAGAGUGAGGAGCUGCCUUUUAUUCCUGAGCAUCGCAGGGGGCAGGAAGCAGGGAGCAACGGUAGAGAGAGGUAUUCGGAUCUGAGUACCAGCAAGAAGAAGAAACAGAGGAAGAAGUCCCCCAUAAGGAAGGUGUGAGGAGUGCAGGAAUCGCUGUUUCCCUGCCUGAGGUCUUUAUUCUACGUAGCUGAUACGCUGUAAGAUUCUGGAAGAGAAGGCUAGGGGUUGAAAGGUUGGUAAUCUCUCAGAAGAUCUGUGUCUCGGUGACGGGAAAAACUACGGGUAAGUGCUGAGAAGCCUCUCUUUAUAUACAGCUGGAGAAUGAGCCAGAGAGGAGCUUGAGAAUGACAGGAUAGAUCUAGCAGUUAUGCCCAAGGAAGACCCUCGGCCAUUUGAAUUUGAAGGUACUGAAAAAUCAUAUAAAUGUUUUUCAUACAAACGUAUGCAUCUUGGAUAUAAAUAAAAUGGCUUUUAGCACACGUUUUGGAAAUUCUGGAAAACAUCUUAAUAAGAGGAACUUUUACUCUUAAGCCCGCAGUAGAUUUUGAACACUGGCAGUAACUCUGUACAAAUAUAUCAGAUUAAUUUUAAUAGCCAUCUCCUCUUCCCCUAGAAGUAAAGCAGAGUACUACAGCAGUAUGUACUCUGAAUUGCUGCUAUUGAAGAAUCCCUGAGCCUGUGCAGUGGGGCACUCCUGUGGUCCCUGUUACUCAGGAGGCUGAGGCAGGAGGAUUGCUUAAUGCCAGCUAGAGGCUGCAGUGCGCUAUGAGCACAACUGUGAAUAGCCACUGCAUUCCAGCCUCAGUAACAUAGCCAGACCCCAUCUCUUAGAAAAGAAAAGAAAAGAAAAGAAAAGAGAAAAGGAAAAAAAAAGAAACCCUGAACCAGAGGAGCAGAGCUGCCACCAUUUAGUGAUGGGGAGGGGGCAGAACAGCUCAGGGCAAGACACAGGCCUUGGAUGGCAAUGCCAGUCAUCAGAUAUUGAGCAAUGUGUAAGUGGGGUUAGCCUGCAGGAGAACAUGCCCACCACCUCCUCCUCUUCAUUCUUCAGGUGAUCCCCAAUGACCUAGACAAUAUCUUCAAUAUAGAGUUCUCCUGAUCUUUCUACACAAUUUUACAGGGCAUACAGAAUAUAUUUCCUGUCCAAUAAUGACAGAAAUACUUGAUUCUGAAGAGUAACAGUUACAGCAUGGAAUAUAAGACUGGAGGCAGUUUGAGGGCCCACUUCAGAGUCCUGGUUGAAAUGAAUGCAGUCAGUGCAGGUGACUUUCAGUUUGGCGUCUAGUCCUAUCAGAGGUAAGAACUGUGGUUGCCCUAACCAAAACAAUAGGACUAAGAGACCUUAAAUGAAAGAUGAAAAUUAUUAUAGAGAGAAAUGAUCAUACUGGCCAACAAUUCACCUCCAAGAAUUAUGAUGUAAUUCUUUGUCAGCUACUCACAGAUGGAAUUCUAAACUGGUAGCAGACCCUGAAGGACAAUGUCACCAUCAGAACCACCAACAAGGACAAACUGUCCCUCUCCUGCAUCACCCUGCAUAUCAUCGGCAUCCACAAAAAUGCUCAUUCUUCAACAAGCCUCCUAUUUCUUUUGGGUGACUGGAAACACUACCCAGAACCUCCAUCACAUACUUUAGCACUCCCCACCCUGACUUAGGGUCCCAUAUGCCUCCUGUUUCUUCUUGACCAGUGACCUGCCACUGUGGGCACUGUCAUUCUGCAUGUCAGUGAGUGCAAAGUGCUGUGGUGUUCAUGCAGACUAUCUUUGAGCUGACUCUGCGGGCCAGUGACCAGGGUUCAACUUGCUCAGUAUCAUCCUGAACUUGCAUGUGAUGGUGGAUGACCAUUGUGAAAAUGCAAGGACACUACGCCAGGAGUUACAGCCAGGUGGGGCCCUCUUUGAUGCUGCACCACUCACAAUGCAACUGAGCUAUCCCAUCACCAAAGUGGACACCAGCUGGGGCACAAAGGUUGACUGUCCUAUCGUGCUUCAGGUCAGCUAAUGUGGCUCUUCAAACUAGGGAUGUGCACGAGCUAGAUGCGUGCUGUGUCACUGUGGGUAACAGAGAUGCAACCUGCCAAGGUUUGUUGGUCACCAUGCUCAAUGGUGAAUCAUCACGCUGUACCUGGUUGCUGCUCACAGUUUGCAGGAGUUGCUGCCAGACCUCAGCAAUCACCCAGCACCCAACAGCAGGCAACAGACAGCACCCAACAGCUGUAGUUUAACCUGGGAUGGCCUUUGCCUUGAUCUCCAUGCUAUUUCUCCUCAGUGUGACUCUGGGCAUCUUUCUGAACCUGCAAUGCCCUCUAUAGCCCCAUUGCCUGGGGCUGCUUUCAGCCAGAUCUCUGGUCCAAGCCUGGAUAUGGAGUUGUCUCCAACUUAAAGGAAGGAAAUUUGCCAUGUUCCUACAACGUAUGUGUGGCUUUAGGUAUUUUUAAAAUCUUAAUGUCUUUAAAUUAACUCAAGAAACAGCUUUCAACCAGAUAUUCUCUGCAGUGCCAGCUAUGAAGCUUUGUUUUGUUUUGUUUUUGUUUUUGUAGAAACGGGGUUCACUAUGUUGAUCAAGCUGGUCUCAAACUCCUGGCCUCAAGUGAUCUGCCCACCUUGGCCUCCUAAAGUGCUGGGAUUGCAGGCAUGAGCCACUGUGCCUGGCCAGCAAUGAAGCUUUAAAUGUUACAUUUGAUUCAAAUGUAUUUGUGUGAUAUUUUAACAUUUUUAUUUUAUACUUAUCAUCCUUUUAUAAAUCACUCCUGCGUGUUUUUGGUUGCUGAGAGUAGGGAGCCCUACAGGUUUACUUGCUAGUUCUUAUGUAUAUUUUAAUUUGCCUCAUUAGCUCACAGUUUCUUUGGGGAAAAGUUUGUGCCUAUUAAUGUGUAUUCUGGAAAGUUACGUUCUCUGUUAAAGAGUUCCUUCCUUGCAGUAUCAAAGGUGAUUUAUUGCAUUUUUAAAUUUCUACUCUUUGGCUCCAUAUACUUGUCUUUGAGAAGCUGAGAAACUGUAGAUUUAGUUAUAUAAGAACUAAAAUUCUCUUUCCAAAAACUAUUCUUGAGACCUUUCGUUGUUUUCUUUCUUUCCUUAUUUUUAACUUUUCUCAGUCAUGGUGUCAUUGGGUUGGCUCGCUCAAUUUGUUCCUGAAGAUAUCAGACUCUGGAGUGCGGAUAGCAUGCUUCUCUAACUUUGGGGUAAAGAUAAGUAAGUCACUCUAAGCCUGAGACAUUUUAAUUAGUAACCCUUUGCUAAUCCUGCAGUGAUUAAAAGAAAGAAGGCCACAUCCUCAUCUUAACUGGUUAAAAAGUACUGUUAGGAGAAAACCAACUUCUCUUGGAGAAAAUAUUAAGCACAAUUACAGGGGAAUACAUAUUAUAAGAGACAAUCUAAAAAUAAAGAUGAGACCAUUUUUCUUUUCAGCUGUAAAGAAUAAUAUCAUAGAAUUUGACUCUGAAAUUUGAAAUCUAAAUUAUAUAUUCAUGUGACUUUUCAAUGAAAUUCCAAGAGCCCAGUUUUAUUAUUUUUCAAAAUGUAUUACCUUUGGGUGAAUCUUAAGAAUUUUUUAAAACCUACAUAAUGCAAAGACACUUCAAAAAAAGAAGAGGAAAAAUAAGGAUAUGGUUAAACCAUACCCUUCAAAAUCCCAAGGUUUCUGAUAAAUAUUCAAAUCGUAAUGGGAAGGAAAUGGGAUGGUACAAUUUUUUAAAGUCUAGCUUAUAUUCUAAAAGAUUAUCUUUCCCUCCAAGACUUUUCAUCCUCUAGUCAAAGGAGAGCUGCUCUAUGUGGCCUGGGAAAUUAUCAAGUGGUCAAGCUUUACUACAGAAAAAGUGGAGAGAUGAUUUUGUCCUCAUUGUGAUGUUAGGUUUUUACUAUCAUUCCCUGAAUAGCAAACAAGGAAAGCAGAUAGCAUGAAAAUACUAAGAUUCUCCUGUAUAUUUCAAUUUGGUGACAUUUAGGCACAUUUAAGGAAGUGAACAUAUAGUUUCUCCUUUUCAUACAUAUAUUGUAGAAUGAUUUCCUUGACAAUAGACUAAAACUUAAGAAAAUAUUAAGUUAAUGAGAAAGUUUUAAGUAUUUUCUAGGAAUGCAGUAACUGGUUAGGACUCUGGGUGCCGCUGUUCACUAAUCUGGUAGAUACAGGCAGUACACACACUUCAGGAGGAGGGGGGAAAAAAAAGCUCUUGUGCCUCUUGGAACCUCCAUAACCGCCAGAUUGAAAACAGACUGUCCAAGACUGCCUAAAUCCUACUUCUGGAUGACUCUCCACUGAGAAUUCUCCUGAAAAUUGGGUUAAUUUCAGCUCAGAAAAGCAGGAACGAUACCCUUGGUACUGGACUGGAAGAAAACUACGAAGUGAGAGAGCCAUGAAGAUUCAGAAAAAGCUGACCGGCUGCAGCAGGCUGAUGCUUCUGUGUCUUUCUCUGGAGCUGCUGUUGGAAGCUGGGGCUGGGAAUAUUCACUACUCAGUGCCGGAAGAGACAGACAAAGGUUCCUUCGUGGGCAACAUUGCCAAGGACCUAGGGCUACAACCCCAGGAGCUGGCAGAUCGCGGAGUCCGCAUCAUCUCCAGAGGUAGGAUGCCGCUUUUCGCUCUGAAUCCUAGAAGUGGCAGCUUGAUCACCGCGGGCAGGAUAGACCGGGAAGAGCUCUGCGCUCAGCGCAUGCCAUGUCUCGUGAGUUUUAAUAUCCUUGUUGAGGAUAAAAUGAAGCUUUUCCCUGUUGAAGUAGAAAUAAUUGAUAUUAAUGACAACACUCCCCAAUUCCAGUUAGAGGAACUGGAGUUUAAAAUGAAUGAAAUAACCACUCCAGGUACCAGAAUCUCAUUGCCAUUUGGACAAGACCUUGAUGUGGGUGUGAACUCACUCCAGAGCUACCAACUCAGUUCUAACCCUCAUUUCUCCCUGGAUGUGCAACAGGGAGCCGAUGGGCCCCAACAUCCAGAGAUGGUGCUGCGGAGUCCCCUAGACAGAGAAGAAGAAGCUGUCCACCACCUCAUCCUCACAGCUUCUGAUGGGGGUGACCCAGUCCGUUCAGGGACCCUCAGAAUUUACAUUCAGGUGGUGGAUGCAAAUGACAAUCCUCCAGCAUUUACUCAGGCACAAUACCAUAUGAAUGUCCCCGAAAACGUGCCACUGGGCACUCGACUGCUCAUGGUAAAUGCCACCGACCCUGAUGAGGGAUCUAAUGGGAAAGUAACGUACUCCUUUCACAAUGUAGACCACAGAGUGGCCCAAAUAUUUCAUUUAGAUUCUUACACAGGAGAAAUAUCAAAUAAAGAACCACUAGAUUUCGAAGAAUACAAAAUUUAUUCAAUGGAAGUUCAAGCCCAGGAUGGUGCGGGGCUCAUGACUAGAGCUAAGGUACUGAUCAAAGUUUUGGAUGUAAAUGACAAUGCCCCAGAAGUGACCAUCACCUCUGUCACCACUGCAGUUCCAGAAAACUUUCCUCCUGGGACCAUAAUUGCUCUUAUCAGUGUGCAUGACCAGGACUCAGGAGACAAUGGCUACACCACAUGUUUCAUUCCUGGAAAUUUACCCUUUAAAUUGGAAAAGUUAGUUGAUAAUUAUUACCGUUUAGUGACUGAAAGAACACUGGACAGAGAACUUAUCUCUGGGUACAACAUCACAGUAACAGCAACAGACCAAGGAACUCCAGCUCUGUCUACUGAAACUCACAUUUCACUGCUAGUGACAGAUAUCAAUGACAACUCCCCAGUCUUCCAUCAGGACUCCUACUCUGCCUACAUUCCCGAAAAUAACCCCAGAGGAGCCUCCAUCUUCUCUGUGAGGGCCCACGACUCGGACAGCAAUGAGAAUGCACAAAUCGCUUACUCCCUAAUAGAGGACACCAUCCAGGGAGCACCCCUAUCUGCCUACGUCUCCAUCAACUCCGACACUGGGGUCCUGUAUGCGCUGCGAUCCUUCGACUACGAGCAGUUCCGGGACUUGCAACUGAAAGUGAUGGCGCAGGACAGUGGGGACCCGCCCCUCAGCAGCAACGUGUCGCUGAACCUGUUCGUGCUGGACCAGAACGACAACCCGCCCGAGAUCCUGUACCCCGCCCUCCCCACAGAUGGUUCCACAGGAGUGGAGCUAGCGCCCCGCUCCGCAGAGCCCGGCUACCUGGUGACCAAGGUGGUGGCAGUGGACAGAGACUCGGGCCAGAACGCUUGGCUAUCCUACCGCCUGCUCAAGGCCAGCGAACCGGGACUCUUCGCGGUGGGGCUGCACACGGGCGAGGUGCGCACGGCGCGAGCCCUGCUGGACAGAGACGCGCUCAAGCAGAGCCUUGUGGUGGCCGUCCAGGACCACGGCCAGCCCCCUCUCUCCGCCACUGUCACGCUUACCGUGGCCGUGGCAGACAGGAUCCCCGACAUCCUGGCCGAUCUGGGCAGCCUCGAGCCCUCCGCCAAACCCAACGAUUCGGACCUCACUCUGUACCUGGUGGUGGCGGUGGCCGCGGUCUCCUGCGUCUUCCUGGCCUUUGUCAUCGUGCUGCUGGCGCUCAGGCUUCGGCGCUGGCACAAGUCACGUCUGCUGCAGGCUUCGGGAGGCGGCUUAGUGCCCGGCUCGCACUUUGUGGGCGUGGACGGGGUGCGGGCUUUCCUGCAGACCUAUUCCCACGAGGUCUCCCUCACUGCGGACUCGCGGAAGAGCCACCUGAUUUUCCCCCAGCCCAACUAUGCGGACACGCUCAUCAGCCAGGAGAGCUGUGAGAAAAAGGAUUUUCUAUCAGCACCCCAGUCUUUACUUGAAGACAAAAAGGAACCGUUUUCUCAGGUGCAGAAAUUAUUUAGGCCUCUGAGCGUCGCUGUUGACCACCUAAGGAGUAAAAAGCAGCAAAGCCAACCAAUCCAGCAACACGCCUCCCACAGCACAACAGGCUGGAGGUUUGGCCCUAAAGCUUCAGGGCACCAAAUAAAUUCAGUCGAACAGCCCACCAUUUGUCUCCAUAGGGACCUGGGUCCUGUGAAUGCUGGUCAUCUCACAGCCUGAGGAAUAAAGAUUGGAAUCCGCACUGAAU